CAUGGUAGAUGGGCAGUCGCUACACCUUAAACUUUAGUUUUGGCUUCAAGCUUUGAGCUCCUUUUCCGGCGACGAGUCCUGAGAUCUGUGCCCUUGAGAAGCUGCUGAGAUCUAAGAAAGAAGCUCCACUGGUAAUUUCUCCGGCGAAACACAGUUCAGGGAAAUGAGGCAUGCUGGGUCGAGAAGGAGACGGGUUUCGAUACAGUCGUUUGCGGUGGUGUGCGCAAUGUUUGGCGCAAUGGGUUUGUUUAUGCUUAAUCUCAGAGCGGUUGAUCCUCCCACUACCCACAACUUUCUCGUGAAGCUCGCAGAAACGCAAGAUUUUCCGGUUCAUGAAAUUGAUGGCGGUGUUAUGAAUGGAACUGAAGAGACAACGAAGAAGGGGACGAGACCGUGUGCGACGGUGGAGGAGAUGGGAGAGGAUUCUAGAGAUGGGUUUUGGAAGAAUAGUCUAAGAGUCAGAAGAAUUAUCGAUCAACACUUUGAUUUCAACGGUGCUCAGAGAGUCCGAAUUCUUCCUCCAGAGCAGUUCUGCCGACGUGGGUUUGUCCUGGGCAAGGCAUCAGAGGCAGGUCUUGGGAACGAAAUGUACAAGAUUUUAAGUGCUGCAGCAUUGAGUAUAAUGUUAAACCGGUCCCUGAUCAUUGGGCAAACCAGGGAAAAAUUCCCGUUCGGGGAUUACAUUUUGUAUUCCAAUGUUUCCUUUACCUUGAAGGAAAUAAAGCAUCUCUGGAGACACAAUAAGUGCGAGAAAAAGUACGGAAGACGUCUUGCUAUAAGAACUGAUAAUUUUGAGAAGCCAACGCAAACAAAUGUUCUUUGUAGCAAUUGGAGGGCAUGGAAGCAACCUAUCAUUUGGUUCCAAGGUACAACAGAUGCUGUGGCAAUUCAGUUUUUCUUGAAGAAUGUACAUCCUGAGAUGAGGAGUGCUGCUACUGAUUUAUUUGGAAAGUCAGACGUUCUCCAGUCCCGGCCUAAUGUUUUUGGGGAACUGAUGAGAGUUCUCAUAUCUCCUUCAAAGAAUAUUGAGGAAGCUGUAAACUGGGUUCUUGGAGGUGGAGCUGAUCCUGAUAUUUCAUUGCACAUGCGGAUGCUCAUGAACAAGUCUGUAAGAGCUGUACAGGCUGCACUGAAUUGCAUUAAAAAAACCAUUCAUAAUCUUAACACGACAUCAAGGCCCAGGGUGGUCGUAGUUUCAGAUACUCCUUCCCUUGUGACAAGCAUUACACCUGAUAUUGGUAAAAUUGCUGAGGUUCUUCAUUUCAAUUACGAACACUUUAGAGGGAAUGUAUCAAUGCAUGUAAAUCGAUUACAAGGUCCGGAGUUUAGAGUGAAAGAUUGGGGACCUGCACCCAGAUGGGUUGCCUUUGUGGAUUUCUUUCUUGCUUCACGAGCAAAACAUGCUGUCGUUUCUGGGGCUCAUAGGCGUGUUGGUACCACCUAUGCUCAGUUAAUUGCGGCACUUGCUGCAGCUAACAAUUUAGGUGAUAACUCUACUGGUUCUAGUUUCUCGUUUUUAAGUAGCUUCCAAAGGAACUUGUUGAGAGAAGGUUUAAGAUUUCAGAUUGGGUGGGGACAUGUCUGGAAUCGCUAUGCGGGGAUCCUGAGUUGUCACCACCAACCGAACCAAUGUGCUCGUACGCCCCUUCUUCCUCCUGCGUGGUGGGACGGCAUUUGGCAGUCUCCUCUUCCGCGGGACGUUCAUAAGUUGGAAGACUUUGGGGUCCAGCUAUCUGGUUUUGGUACAAUCGAUGAAACUCAUCUUCAAAAUUUCUGUAAUUCAAGAAAAAGUGUUGUGAAAACCAUUCCAAUACCAUUGUAAGAGUUGGCUUUGUCAUUCAAUGCACACAUUCAUUUUUGUGUUGUUUUGUGUUUUGUAACCACAGUGACUAAUUCAUACAAACACUCAAUAUCUCGAUGUACUCAUUUUUGUGGGGAAUUUACAUUUGAUUCUUUUCUCUCAA